CCCCCCCUUCAUCCUCCACCUCCUCCUCUGCCACGACUGCAGGAUCCCAGCCCGGUGUCUCCUGGAUGGAUCCGUGAAGAAAGACCCCCCCUCCCCGCACGGCACCUCCCCGGCCACGAUGGGCCGCGAGCUAUUAACUGCGUUGUUGUGUUGAUAUUGAGAUAUUUUAGUUAUCAAAUAUGAAUCAUGCAUUUGAUAUUUCUGGCCACUUUGCUCGUCAGCGUCCUUCCGCCUGGGCUUCAUCCAUCACUAGCAUUCUCCGUUACUCAAGGAGUAGAGGACAAGGUUGAGAGGGAUGCAGAGCCAGCACCGCCGAAGCAACAGGCAACUGCAGCACCUGCCCCAGACAACGGGACUGACCAUGCAGUGGAGCACGCCGUGGCCUAUCCCUCCCGGCUGAUUUACUACCUGCACGAGGACUCGGAAAGCACCUACCAUGACCUGAACACCCAGGCGAAAAACCAAGCCCCAGAGGGCCAUACGAUCCACCUGGCUCAAGCCAGUUUCCAAUUAGAGGCAUUUGGCACCAGGUUUGUUCUGGAUCUAACUCUGAACAAUGACCUGCUGUCUUCAGAUUAUGUUGAGAUCCACUACGAGGAUGGAAAACCUGUUCUGUCCAAGGGCGGUGAGCACUGUUACUACCACGGCCAGGUGAGGGGGAACGAUAACUCCCAAGUGGCCUUAUCUACCUGCAACGGGUUGCAUGGAAUGUUUGAUGAUGGAGUCCAUGUAUAUCUAAUUGAGCCCUUGCAUGAAACUCAUUCAAUAGAUACUGCUGCAAGGCCUCAUAAACUAAGAAGGACAGCCUCCAAUCUACGGAGCAGUGGCUCGGAAGAAAAGGAGGAGGAGGAGCAGCUCCUCUCAGAGCUGGAUGAAUUAUCUUGGCUGAAGCGCAGGAAAAAGCGAGCAAUCCCUCGUAACAUAUUUGAAGAGAUGAAGUAUUUGGAAGUCAUGAUUGUCAGUGACCACAAUAUGUUUAAGCGUCACCAGAACAGGCAGCACACAAAUAAUUUCGCCAAGUCAGUGGUGAAUCUUGUGGAUGGCAUCUUCAAAGACCAGCUGCACACUCGUGUGGUCCUCGUCGCCGUGGUGGUCUGGACGGAUAAGGAUCACAUCCCCAUAAGCGUGAAGCCGCUGGAAAUGCUGCGCGAUUUCUCCAAGUACCGGCAGCAAAACAUCAAGUUCAAAGCUGAUUCUGUCCAGCUGCUUUCAAAUGUGACCUUCCACUAUCGCACAAGCAGCGUUGCAUACUUUGGAGGCAUGUGCUCUGUGAGCCAUGGAGUGGGGGUCAAUGAGUACGGGAACGCAGAGUCCAUGGCAGUGUCUCUGUCCCAGAGCCUGGCGCAGAACCUGGGCAUCCAGUGGGAUCCGGCAUCCAAGAGAAAGGAAUGUGGUUGUGCUAACCUGUGGAUAGGCUGCAUCAUGGAGGAUGCUGGAGUCCAAAAGCCACAGAAAUUCUCCAAAUGCAGCAUAUCAGACUACAAAGAAUUCCUCUUAAAAGGCAGAGGGUCCUGUCUCUUCAACAGGCCGACAAGGCUGUAUGAAAAACCCUUUUGUGGGAAUGGGUUUGUUGAAGUGGGAGAGGAGUGUGACUGUGGACUGAGAAGUGACUGCUACAAGGAAUGUUGCAAAAAGUGCUCCCUUGCCAACGGGGCUCACUGCAGUGAUGGUCCAUGCUGCAAUAACACAUGUCUGUUCUACCCUCGCGGUCACAGCUGCCGCUAUGCUGUGAACGACUGUGACAUUUCAGAGACAUGCACUGGAGACUCUGGACAGUGCCCUCCAAACCUGCAUAAGCAAGAUGGUUACGUCUGUCAGGUUAACCAGGGCCGCUGCUACAGUGGAGAAUGCAAGAUCAGAGAUAACCAGUGUAAAUACAUCUGGGGGUCAAAGGCUGAAGGUUCAGAAAAGUUCUGCUAUGAGAAGCUGAACACAGAAGGAACAGAGAAGGGCAACUGUGGAAAGGAUGGAGAGAGAUGGAUCCAGUGCAGCAAACAUGAUGUGUUCUGCGGUUAUCUUCUGUGUACCAACGUGGGACGGAUCCCACGCAUCGGAGUGAUGAAAGGAGAUGUUACUCCCAUCUCCUUCAAUCACCAAGGCAACGUGAUACAGUGCACUGGUGCCCACGUCCUUUUAGAUGAUGACACUGAUUUAGGCUACGUGGAGGAUGGGACUCCCUGUGGGCCGUCAAUGAUGUGCCUUGACCGCAAGUGUCUGCCCAUCCAGUCACUCAAUAUGAGCACCUGCCCUAUUGGACCUAACGGACAGGUGUGCUCUGCCCAUGGGGUGUGUAAUAAUGAAGCCACUUGCACCUGUGACACCACGUGGGCGGGGACGGACUGCAGCAUGCCUGACCCGCCAAAGGAGCCCGAUAUCACACCAGAAGAAGAACCCAAGGGUCCUAGUGCCACCAAUCUAAUAAUAGGCUCCAUCGCCGGAGCCAUCCUUGUGGCUGCCAUAGUGCUGGGGGGGACUGGAUGGGGCUUUAAAAAUGUGAAGAAGCGGCGAUACGACCCCAACGCCUCAGCCAUUUAACUUGGGGAGAGAGGAUAAAUACGGACGGACUCCUCCUAGGCUUCCUUAGUUGGCUACCUGACAGCUGGACUGCACUUAUUGCUGCUGAUCUUUGGCAUUAGAUUUACUUGAAAAAGACAUAGUGGACAUUUUAACAAAUUCCAUCGUAGUGACAUUAUCAACGCAGCCUUUUCAAUUCCACCUCACCCAUGUAACACCCCAGCCCCUCCUCCCCGAUCUCUAUAGAGUGACAGAUCUCCUCUUCCAUUCUCUAGUGCCAGUGCACAGGCGUUCAGGCGGAAACCACACCAUCUUCUCACCUGGCAUGAUUAUCCACACAAAGUGUGCUGCUUGCUGGCCCCCCUGGCAUGAAGAGCCUCAGCAGGGCUCAGCAUGGCUACCAAAGCUAUGACUAUACUGCAAAAAAAACAACAUACAAAGACAGAAAAUGUUUUAAAAAAACAACAACAA